GGCUGGAGGGCUGGAACCAGCCAGGUGGAGGCGGGCUCUGCUGUCAUCUCCCCCCGCCUGCUGCUCUCGACAUCCCCGCGAGGAAAAGGGGGGCGACCCGGAACCAGCGGCCCGUGUGUGAGUGGGUCUCCGGACCUGCAGAUGGAGCCGAGCGGCGCGUCCCCGCCGCAGACCACCAUCUGGAGACAUCUCCAGGCCCGAGCCAAGCCGCUGCUCAGCCCCAAGCUGGGCUCCAGGGACCCCGAGGACAAGAAGGACAGAGGCGGGGGGAUCUUCAAGAAGAUGAAGCGGAGGGAACUGGCCGUCCUGGACCGGGUGAUCUCGUCCUCGCAGCCCGACCUGCUCUUCUCCGGCCCCGGGCUCGGGCGGGAGGAGCCGCCGCCGCAGAAGCCCCCCGUGGCGCACCACAAGAGCUCCUCCCUCGGGGCGGCGUGCCUGGAGAAGCUGGCCGAGCCCCCGGGGGGCAGCGGGGAGGCGGAGAGCCGGGAUGAGCAGCCGCGACUCGCCCCCCCCAGCUCAGGGAUGUACAAGCUGGAGGUGGAACUGAAGAGAGGACGCAACCUGGCCGUUAGAGACCGAGGAGGCAGCAGCGAUCCGUAUGUCAAGUUCAAGCUGGCGGGUAAAGAAGUGUUCAGAAGCAAAACCAUCCACAAAAACCUCAACCCCGUGUGGGAGGAGAGAAGCACUCUGUGUCUGGAUUGUCUGAGUGACCCUCUGUAUGUGAAGGUGUUUGACUACGACUUUGGCCUUCAGGAUGACUUCAUGGGUUCAGCGUACCUUCACCUGGAGUCUCUGGAGCAGCAGAGGACGAUACCUGUGACCCUGGAGCUGAAGGACCCUCAGCACCCGGAUCAGGACCUGGGCUCCCUGGAUCUUUCCGUCACCCUGACCCCCAAAGACAGUCCGGUGGAGGAGCGCCGGGACUCGGCGACAAUGCUGCUCAGGAGGUCCUGGAAAAGAUCCACUAAGCAGCAGUCGCUGCGUCUCUCAGACCUUCAUCGUAAAUCUCAGCUCUGGCGAGGCAUCGUCAGCAUCGCGCUGAUCGAAGGCCGGAACCUGAUCCCCAUGGACCCCAACGGCCUGAGCGACCCGUACGUCAAGUUCAGGCUGGGACCCCAGAAGUACCGCAGCAAGACUGUGCCAAAGACGCUGAGUCCCCAAUGGAGGGAGCAGUUUGACCUCCAUAUGUACGAAGAGACCGGGGGGGUGCUGGAGAUCACGGUGUGGGACAAAGACACCGGGAGGAGAGACGACUUCCUCGGGCGCUGCCAAUUGGACCUGUCCACCCUGCCCAAGGAGCGGACCCACCACCUGGACCUUCUCCUGGAGGAGUCCCGGGGCCUCCUGGUGCUGCUGGUCACGCUGACCGCCUCCUCCCACGUCUCCAUCGCCGACCUCUCCCUCACGCCACUCGAUGACCCGCUGGAGCGCCGCGAGGUUCUCGCACGCUACGGCGCGCUGAGGUCCUUCUCCAACAUCAAGGAUGUUGGCAUCGUCCAGGUGAAGGUCAUGAGAGCAGAAGGACUCAUGGCAGCAGACGUAACAGGUAAGAGCGAUCCCUUCUGUGUACUGGAGCUGAAUAACGACCGGCUGCAGACUCCCACUGUUUACAAGAACCUGAAUCCAGAGUGGAACAAAGUCUUCACCUUCAACGUCAAAGACAUCCACGCCGUGCUGGAGGUGACGGUGUUCGAUGAGGACCGCGACCGCAGCGCCGACUUCCUGGGGAAGGUGGCCAUACCUUUACUACACAUACGAAACGGAGAGCAGAAGAGUUACGAGUUGAAAAACAAAGAGCUGACCGGAAGAACGAAGGGAACCAUCUACCUGGAGAUCGAUUUGGUGUACAACACCGUUAAAGCUGCUCUCAGGUCAGUCGUUCCUGCAGAGCAGAAAUACAUCGAGGAGGAACCUAAAGUCUCCAAGCAGCUUCUGCAGCAGAACUUUAACCGCGUGAAGAGGUGCAUCAUGGUCCUGAUCAGCUACGGAGCGUUUAUUAACAGCUGCUUCGAGUGGGAGUCUGCACAGAGGAGCAUCAUCUCCUUUGUGCUCUUCGUAGUGGUCGUGUGGAACUUUGAGGUCUACAUGCUGCCGAUGGCUCUGCUGCUGCUGCUGGUCUGGAACUACGUCAUGUCCUCCAUCAGAGGGACCACGGACACGUCCCUGGACGCCAUGUUCGAGUGGGAGGACGAAGAAGAGGACAGAGAGGACAAGGAGGCGGAGCCAAAGGGCUUCAUGGACAAACUGUACGCCAUCCAGGACGUGUUCAUCAGCGUCCAGAGCGCGCUGGACGACGUGGCGUCCUACGGAGAGAGGAUGAAGAACACCGUUAACUGGACCGUGCCGUUCCUCAGCUGGCUGGCCAUCGCCGUCUUGUCCUCGGCCACCGUGCUCCUCUACCUCGUCCCCCUGCGGUACCUGCUGCUGGCCUGGGGUGUCAACAAGUUCACCAAGAAGCUGCGAGAUCCGUAUCUGAUCGACAACAACGAGCUGCUGGACUUCCUGUCCCGCGUCCCGUCCGAUGUCCAAGUGAUGCAGUACCGAGAGCUGAAGACAGAAUCUGGACAAACUCCUGUCAAACGCCGGAGGACGGCCCCCACUUAACCCCGCCCACUUAGCCCCGCCCCAACUAAGCCCCGCCCCAGUUGAUCCCGCCCCCAGUUGGCCCCGCCCCCAGCUCGCCCCUUUCCAAUGAGACUUGAUUGUAACUCAGAGGACUCUUCAUUCACUUUAUUUCAUUUUCAUGUUGUUGUCUCAUGAAGUUUUGUGUUUUUCUGGAGGAAAACGUCGUUGUUGCUCUUCCACACAUCGAGUUUUUCUUUCUUCUCUUUCUUUAUAUUUUUUAAAUAGACAGAUUUUUUAGGAUUAUAGCUUGUAUUAGAUCAUGAAUGUUCAACCUCUACAACAGGGACCAAAAACUGGAUUAGUAUUUUUUUAUCUUAAUCUCAGAGAAAAUACAAAAAUAUUUUUUAAUAAUUUAACAUUCUUAAUAUUAAGCCCAACUGUGUAUUUAUUUUAUUUCUAUGGUAUUUUAAUGCUCUGUUGAUUCCUGCAUGAACAUGAAUGCAUGAUCAAUAAUAAUAAUCGAAUCAAAGAAUAUAAAACAUUCUCGGUGCCAUUUUAAUACUUUUAAUACUAUUUUUUCUUAAAUGUUUUGUGGUAUUUUAGAGGUCUGAAUACUUCCUCCACUUUAAGAUGCAUUUACUCGUCACUUUACUGGUUUGUUUUAUUCAUUCUUUUAACAGAAUCCUUUUACCUGGACUCUACUUUUUGCCGACUUCUCACCACUAACAAUCUAUUUUCUUUUUCGUAACUUUUUCCUGUUUUUCGUUUAUAGUUUACAGUUUAUAAUCUGCAGUAUUUCAUACGCAGUGCAUUAUGGGAUGUCGUGCAUGGCACCUUUGUGUGCGUCAAAGUGUUUUUGCAUGACUGAACAUGAACUUUAUGCAAAGUGUAUUUGUGGACACUGAAUGUGAAGUUCAUGGAUGCUCUCCUGUUGCAUCAUGGGUAUUUACUGCUGCUGCGUUUGUGUCGUGUUUGUCUGAGAAAAUAUAUUUGUACACAGAUGCAGGUGUG